AUGCAUGUGAGCAGAGACCUCUACAGUUACCAACCCAGCCACGCACCAAUCCAUCAGAGUGUCUUGACAGUCAUAUCAACACGUCCCAGACAGUAGUUCUCCAUCACGGCAGCAGCACACGGCACCAACACAGAGAUGGCAAAGGCGGCCAGCAUGGCGAGCGGCCGGUCAGAGAUCAAUACCGCCAGAGGGAGGGGCAGGUACGCUGACGACCGCGCCCCGAACAUGCAUACCACCACACCUACCGGCACACACACAACAUACGAACAGAAUGUGUUUGUGAAUGGUUUCUGUGUUGACAUAUGGGAAUGCACCUGAGAGGGCGGCCGCGAGCCCAGCGGCUGUGUUGCAGAUGGUCGAUCGCUCCAUGAAGGGGUAGGCGCCCUCAAUGAAGUCACCGAACAGGAAGUUGAUAAACAGACCACGCCGAGACAAAUGCACAUCUGACAUACACACACGCGGACACAGACACAGACACACGCAUCACGCACACACAUAGAUCUAAGUGUGUCCGGGGUGGCUGUGCGGCUGACCUUCCUUUUGCCUCGGGAAGACGAUGUGUGCGAGGCAGAGGCCAAGCGACACGCCCACAAGGACGCACUCGUCUAUCGCACCAAGUGUGGCAGGGUCCCCCCGCUCCAUCUCGACAAUGAUCAGCGGCAGAAUGACGAUGUGGUACAUGCCCCUGCCCGACCCCCACCACACAAACCACCCCAGGGCAGCGCCCUUGAUGCACCGAAGUAGCAUCGACGAGAGGGGCCACGAGUGGAGGAUGAAGCGGACAGAUGACGCCAGUUGGCUGCAGAUGGGAGAGAGGGCCAGCUCCACCAGACCACCUGCACACACAGACGGAGAGGGGAAUGAUAUGAGCCAGGGGUUUUAGUGUCUUUGUAUGAUGUCACCUACCCGUGACAAUGCCCGUCCCCCCUGCCGUGGUAAUGCUUGCAGCAGUGGCAGGCACACCUGACGAUACAUACCAAAACAUACACACACACACACACACACGGUCUGCUCAUGUGCCAUACCGUAUCGACAUGCGCAAGCGAGCACCGUUGGUGCGGCCAUCCCCCCCAGCAAGCCCGCGAUGAGCCCAGCGAUGACGCCUCCCUGCCCGACGAUGCAGCUGCCCGCCAACGCACCCACCAAUACACUCGUCUCACCUGUGUGGGUGGACAGAAGCAUCCAUCAGUCUAUCGCCAAACUGUGUCCAUGGCUGGAGCAUCCUACCAAGCUCAGACGUCUGUUGCGCUGCCACCGUGGCCACCACAGUCGGCAAACCACGGGAACACAACACCUGGACAGACACACACGCACACGCGUGUGCGAAGGCGUGUGUGGUGGGUGUGUUUCUUGUUUGUUGCAGACACACGCACAGGUAAGGUACCUGCAUCCACAUUGACGCAGUGGAUUGACCGCUGCUAUCGUACACGCGGGACAAAGCCCACUUGACCACCAUCACACACACAAACACGGGCAGACAACCUGACACAGACAGACAAACAAAGAAAGGCACAUGCAAAUAAGGACAUCAAGAGAUGCCUAGCUUAGACCAAACCCCAUCUGCUGACUGACCUCCAAGCACAGAGUGCAUGGUGUGCAGCAGGUGCCGUAUACCCAACACUGUCUGGCCACUGGUAGGCCAGUAGGGCACACGCAACUCACCAGCAACCGACGCUGCAAAACUACAGGCACACGCACAAUGGUCAAUGCCACGUUGUCGUGGGUAUGUAUGUGUGUGUGUACGAGAUGGCCUUCGAAGCAGGUGUGGUGGCCACCGAUCCCCCAGAGCUGCCCACCACCCGCGCCCCCAUGCUGAUGGCACGGCCUGCAGUGCACACCAGCAGACAAGCACACAAACACAAGGGUCAACGUGGCCAUCGAUCUGCGUCUUCAUGUGGUCGUCACUUACCGAUGAGGUCCCUCCCGUGCCCACGAUUGGCAGGCGGACUGUUGGCAGCGAUGCCGCGAUGAGGGCCUCACGAUUGACGCCGUCAGCAUCGAAUGAGAGAGCAAUCAGACCAGACAGCCGCAGUGACGAUGUGAUGUUGUCACUGUCGCCAUUGCCAUUGCCGACGCCGCGAAUGAGGGUGCCGAUCUGCCUAUCGACGUGACGAGCCACCCCAUUGACCUCCUGCAAGGUGCCUGGACGAAUCGACGCACAAAGCGGAGUGUCCAUGUUGGCGUUGCUGCACAUGUCGCAGCGUGUUGUCUGACCCCUCACAGUGGCGAUGGGCGCCCUCCCUGGCCUCGAGGUGACAUUGUCAGUCAUCAGCUCUUUCUGUGCGUUGCUGAGGAGCGAUGGCGGCCGAACAAAUAGCGUGGCCGAAGCUUCUCUGCUGGCAACGUCCAGAGGCACUGCACAGCACACGCAGACACGGAUGAGCAGGCAGGCAGGCAGGCAGAUCUGUAUGUGUGUCGUGCCAGCGUACACACCGCACCUUGUGUUGCAACGAACUGAAUGACAUCAAGCGUCAUUUUGCAGGCGGCAAGCUGACCCUCUACCUCAUCGAAGAAGAGCUCGGGAGAGGUGUGCCUAGGCACGCACGCAAAAGCAACACACACAACAGAUGGAGAUCCAUCCAUCGAUAGAAUGAUCGAAGGCUGAUGCGCACCCGAGGGUCGCUGCGCCUCCGCCACUGCUGCCUACGAGCGCAAUUGAGGGCAUCUUUC